AUGGAACCUGAGGCAGCGCCAACGCAGAUGGCUGAAGAAGGGCCCAUGCCUGUAGACAAAGAGCUCCAAGAUUCUUAUGCAGAUGCCUACUAUGAAUGUCCGAUGGACUCAAGGGAGCUGCUUGCCGCCGAAGGCAUCGACGACGACUUUGCGUGGGAAGGGCGCGGGGCCAUGUAUGAUCAAAGAGCUCCCAUGGUCAUAUGGAGCGACAGGAGAUGGACCUCGGUGCUGUACAUUGUGGGCUCCAACAGCAGCAACACUCAUGCAAAGAGGAUCACCGAUGCUGCAAGUAACCUCCACAAGAAGCUCUGCGGUCUAGCACUAGUUGACCAUGACUAUAGCGAUGGCUGGAUGGCCAAGAAAAUCAGGCCCAAGCUGGCCGAUGAGCCGUACAAGGAGGUCCCUAUGUCGUGCGAGAGCCUGUUCAUGGAGCUCCAUGUCUCCAAAAAUGCUGAGGUCAUUGCCUAUGAUCUCAAGGUAGGGUACCCCAAUCCAAUGCUGCUGUGGCAGUUCAUCAAGAACCUCAACGAUCCCACCAAGAUACAGGCCGUGCUGAGCCACCAGACGCCAUACAUGAAUCUCCUCGACGGCUACCUAUGGCGAGCAACUUUAAUUUACCCUUGCUUUUGA